AUGAGCGCACCAAAGAUCUAUUUCGGCGCCGGUCUUUUUAGUAAGGACCAGGGCUACAACUCUGCCGAAGAAAUCAAGCCAUGGCUCGCUGUCCUCUCUGAAAGCAAAAACAUCAUCAGCAGCAUCGAUACCGCUGUAGCCUACCGUGAAUGUGAAGAGUGGCUGGGCCAGCUCAAGGUCGACACGCAAUCCGGCUUCCCUAUCGACACCAAGCUGACUGGUGGUGUCCACCCAGCCCUGGUCGCGACCAAGGUCAACGUCAUCGCUCAGGCUAGGGAGAGCUUGAGCAAGACUGGCGCCAAGCAGUUCGGAACUCUUUAUCUACACGCCCCGGAUCCCCGUGUUCCUGUCGAGGAAACGCUCUCUGGAUUCGAUGCCCUCUACAAAGACGGCGUUUUCAAGGACUUCGGGCUCACCAACCACACCUCCGAACAGGUCGAGGAAGUGAUCAAGGUUUGCAAAGAAAAACAAUUCGUACUUCCAUCAGUUUUUCAAGGCAGUUAUAACCCUAUAGCUCGUCUUCCCGAAGAGAGCUUGCUACCCGUUCUGCGUAAGCACAAGAUCUCUUUCAUCGCGUACAGUCCCAUGGCUGGUGGAUUCCUUGCGAAAACAUCCCAGCAAUUCCGCGACCAGCCCGAAUCCUUCCACGGUCGUUGGAAUAGAGCAGGAUUCCUCGGCAAGGUAUACCACUUCCUCUACAACAAGCCUCCAGCGCUGGAAGCACUGGAUAAGUGGAACAAGAUCGCCGCGGCCGAGGGCAUCUCAGGUGAAGAGAUGGCCUACCGCUGGGUAGCUUACAACUCUGCGCUGACGACGGAUGAUGGCAUGGUCAUUGGGGCAACGACAAUAGAGCAGUGGAAGAGCAACCUUGCCGCGAUACAAAAGGGUCCCCUAAGCCCAGAGACAGCAGCCAGGAUCGAUGCUUUGUGA